AUGCUUAUUAUGGAUUCUUAUUUUGGGUUAGGCUACUUGAGCUUUGAGUCUAUGGCUUUGUUGCUAGGAACAGAAAACGAAAGAGGAUACUUGAUGGAUAAUAACAAUUGGAGGCCUUCUCUUCCAAACGGAGAACCUGCCAUGGACACAGGUGACUGGAGAACCCAAUUGCCACCUGAUUCACGCCAGAAGAUCGUUAACAAGAUAAUGGAAACACUAAAGAAGCACCUCCCAUUUUCUGGACCAGAGGGAAUUAAUGAGCUCAGGAGAAUUGCUGCUAGAUUCGAGGAGAAAAUUUUCAGUGGUGCUGUUAACCAGACUGAUUACCUUCGGAAAAUAUCUAUGAAGAUGCUGACCAUGGAGACAAAAUCGCAAAAUGCAGCUGGUUCUUCCUCAUCUAUCCCUGCCGCUAAUAACGGCACAUCCAUGGAUUCAAUGCCCACCAAUCAAGGGCACCUUCUUCCAGGAACGUUACCAACCAAUCAGUCUCAAGCACCUCAGCCGAUGCUGUCCCAAUCCAUGCAGAGCAAUACAGCGUCUGGAAUGACGGGUUCUACUGCUUUGCCAUCUUCCAUGCCGCCGGUUUCUUCUAUAACCAAUAAUAACGUCUCAAGCGGUGUAAACCAGAAUUCCAAUAUGCAAAAUGUAUCCGGAAUGUUGCAAGAUUCAUCUGGGCAGCAUGGCCUUUCGACGAACAUGUUUCCAGGAUCCCAAAGGCAGAUGCUGGGGAGGCCACAUGGUAUGUCUUCACAGCAGCAACAGCAGCCACAGAGUGCACAAUAUCUUUAUCAGCAGCAGCUUCAGCAGCAACUUCUCAAGCAGAAUUUUCAGUCGGGAAAUGUCCCCAAUCCCAAUUCGCUUUUGCCAUCAUCACACAUACAACAACAGCAACAAAAUGUGCUGCAGCCUAAUCAAAUGCAUUCGUCUCAGCAGCCUGGCAUCCCAACAUCUGGUACGCAGCCCUCCACUGUGACCUCAGCGCCUCUCCAGGGUCUCCACACAAAUCAGCAAUCAACUCCGCAAUUGUCUGCUCAGCAGACUCCAACACAAACUAUGCUUCGUCAGCAUCAAUCUUCGCUGCUAAGGCAACAUCCGCAAUCGCAACAAUCGUCUGGCAUCCAUCAGCAACAAACUUCAUUGCCGCAGCAGUCAAUUUCUCCUCUACAACAGCAGCAAGCACACAUAAUGCGGCAACAAGCUGCAAAUAGCUCAAGCAUCCAACAGAAGCAGAUGAUGGGGCAGCAUGUUGUUGGCGAUAUGCAGCAGCAACAUCAGCAAAGGUUAAUGAACCAACAAAAUAAUAUUAUGAACAUACAACAGCAGCAGCCGCAACAGCAGAAGCAGCAGCCACCGGCCCAGCAGCAAUUGAUGUCUCAACAAAACAGCCUUCAGGGUACGCAUCAGCAACAACUGGGCAGUCAAAGCAAUGUUGCAGGAUUGCAGCAACCACAACAACAGUUGCUCAGUUCUCAGGUUGGCAAUUCGAGCUUGCAAUCUAACCAGCAGUCGGUGCACAUGUUAUCACAGCCAACGGUUGGGCUGCAACGAACACAUCAGGCUGGCCAUGGCUUGUUUUCUUCCCAGGGCCAACAGUCACAAAAUCAACCAUCCCAACAGCAGAUGAUGCCCCUUCAAUCGCAUCACCAGCAGAUAGGUUUGCAACAACAACCUAAUCUGCUACAACAAGAUGUGCAACAAAGGCUACAACCUUCAGGCCAAGUCACAGGUUCCCUGCUUCCACCUCAAAAUGUAAUGGACCAACAGAGACAACUAUAUCAAUCUCAAAGAACCCUUCCGGAGAUGCCAUCAUCAUCGCUGGAUUCCACGGCUCAGACGGAAAAUGCAAAUGGGGUUGAUUGGCAAGAGGAGGUUUUCCAAAAGAUCAAAGCCAUGAAAGAGGCGUACUUACCAGAUCUUAAUGAAAUCUACCAGAGAGUUGCAACCAAGUUGCAGCAGGAUUCUCUUCCGCCGCAACAAAGAUCAGAUCAGUUUGAGAAAUUGAAACAAUUCAAGACAAUGUUGGAGCGAAUGAUACAAUUCUUAUCGGUUUCAAAGAGCAAUAUCAUGCCUGCAUUAAAGGAUAAGGUGGCUUAUUAUGAGAAGCAGAUUAUAGGUUUCUUGAAUAUGCACAGGCCAAAAAAGACAGUACAGCAAGGGCAGCUUCCGCAAUCUCAGAUGCAGCCAAUGCAGCAACAACAGUCUCAGAGCGUUCAAGAUCAAUCUCAUGACGGUCUAACAAAUCCGCAGAUGCAAUCAAUGAGCAUGCCGGGUUCUGGGCCAAGGGCACAACAGAGUAGUCUGACAAAUAUGCAGAACAAUGUUCUAUCAUCUCGUCCUGGAGUUUCAGCUCCACAGCAGAACAUCUCCAGUUCCAUACCGGCUUCUAGUUUAGAGUCAGGCCAAGGAAAUGCACUGAAUAAUGGCCAGCAGAUUUCCAUGGGAUCCAUGCAACAAAAUACUUCUCAACAAGUAAACAACAGUUCUGCGUCUGCUCAAAGUGGGUUAAGUACACUGCAGCCUAAUGGUAAUCAAACCCAGUUAAGUUCUAGUUUGCUUCAGCAACAGCACCUGAAGCAACAGCAAGACCAGCAGCUCAAACAGCAACUUCAACAGCGCCAGAUGCAGCAGCAGCUAUUACAGAAGCAGCAGUUAAUUCAGCAGCAGCAACAGUUGCAAGCAAGACAGCAAGCGGCACAAAAUGAUAUGAAUGAUUUGACAGCAAGACAGGGAAUGAAUGUCAGUCGUGGGAUGUUUCAGCAACAUUCUCUGCAGGGUCAGCGUGCUACUUAUCCCCUUCAACAGUUGAAACCAGGAUCCCAGCUUCCUGUUACAUCGCCUCAACAUUUGCCAGGUGCAUCCCCUCAGAUGACACAACAACAUUUGUCUCCUCAGGUCGACCAGAAAAAUAUGUCGUCAUCUGUCAACAAGAUGGGUACUCCAUUGCAACCAGCAAACUCCCCUUUUGUUGUCCCAUCUCCGUCAACCCCCUUGGCACCGUCCCCUAUGCAAGUUGACUCUGAGAAACCUUCUGGAGCUUCUUCGUUGUCAAUGGGAAAUACUGCACGCCUACAAGCGACGGGCAUGCAGGGUUUAAUUGGCACUCCAGGGAUCUCUGCCUCUCCUCUUCUUCAGGAGUUUACUAGCCCUGAUGGAAAUAGUUUAAAUCCUUUGACAAGUGCAUCCGGGAAACCAAGUGCGACUGAGCUGCCUAUUGAACGCCUUAUAAGAGCCGUGAAGUCCAUCUCACCACAAGCGCUUUCUUCUGCAGUAAGUGACAUCGGAUCUGUUGUAAGCAUGGUUGAUAGGAUAGCUGGUUCAGCCCCAGGAAACGGUUCAAGAGCUUCAGUUGGCGAGGACUUGGUUGCAAUGACUAAGUGCCGUCUCCAAGCGAGAAACUUCAUGACGCAAGAGGGAAUGAUGGCGACCAAGAAAAUGAAGCGUCACACAACCGCAAUGCCAUUAAGCAUUGCUUCAUUAGGAGGAAGCGUUGGUGAUAACUACAAGCAGUUUGCAUGUUCGGAAACAUCAGAUCUGGAAUCUACUGCGACUUCUGAUGGCAGGAAGGCAAGAACUGAGACCGAGCAUGCUCUUUUGGAGGAAAUCAAGGAAAUAAACCAGCGGCUGAUAGAUACAGUUGUUGAGAUUAGUGAUGAUGAAGAUGCUUCUGAUCUUAACGAGGGAGCAACAGCAAGCAAAGGGUGUGAAGGAACAACAGUUAGAUUCUCGUUUAUAGCUGUUUCUCUCAGCCCGGCCUUGAAGGCUCAUCUCUCAUCAACACAAAUGUCUCCUAUUCAACCAUUGCGUCUGCUGGUUCCUUGUAGCUACCCCAACGGCUCUCCAUCUCUUCUGGAUAAACUCCCCGUCGAAACCAGCAAGGAGAACGAGGAUCUGUCGUCGAAAGCUAUGGCAAGGUUCAACAUAUUGUUAAGAAGUUUGUCACAGCCAAUGUCGCUCAAAGACAUAGCCAAGACAUGGGACGCUUGUGCUCGGGCUGUGAUCUGUGAGUACGCACAGCAAUUUGGCGGUGGAACUUUCAGCUCAAAAUACGGUACUUGGGAGAAAUUUGUGGCCGCCUCCUGAAUCUGAUGCAUCUCUCAUCAAGUCAUUCCUGUGAUUCACUGUUGAAAGUCUUAUAUUGUAUAAUUCUCACGGUUUCAUAUCGAAACUAUAUAGAUUACGGCAAAAAGGCUUUUGUUUUUUUUAUCUUCACGUUUUGUUGUAUAGUGUAAGUUUUUUCUUGCCCAUAUAUGUUAUUGAGCUUUAUCCAUAAGCUUACGCUGUAUUAGUGAAUAUUUUUCAAUUAUCUUAUUAACUUUUUUGUACAUGUAUUUUGUGAAUAUUCGUAUUUUUUUUAUUCUUCUUUCGAAUGAAUGUCUUCGAAGUCAUGUAUUUACCACAUCUGAAUUCAA